GCGGCACAUCGAGCUGAAGGCAUCACCAGCUACCGCCAAUUUCCCCUGGUGAUAUCUUUUGGGACCAGUUUUUAGGUCGGUUAUUGGGAGCCCUCAUCACCUGUUGACUAAUGGCGUGGUGGCCGUGGCUGUUGGUGCAGUUGGUGGUGUGGUGCUGCGCUGGCUUGGUGGCUGUGCUGUGGUGGAAGUGGGCCACCAGGCCCCAGAUCGACGCUCCCGGGCCACCCACACUGCCCAUCAUUGGGAACAUUCUGAACUUCCUUGAAAUGCCGGUGACCCUCCAUAAGAUGUUCGACCUGCAUCACCAGUAUGGGAACUUGGUGAGGCUGUAUGUCGGCCCAAUGCUGCUGGUGAUGGUUGCGCACCCAGACGAUGUGCAGCACAUCCUGCUGACAUCAAAGCUGGUAGACCGUGGCGCCAUCGUCACCAACCUCUUGCGGCCCUUCGCUGGCGUUGGGUUAAUCAACAUUGAUGCUAGCCGGUGGAAGCUGCACCGCAAACUUAUCAACCCCACGUUCCACUCCCAGCUUCUGGAGGGAUUCCUGGAGGCUUUCCACGAUGGUGGUCUCUUCGUGAGCGAGCGGCUCGCUAGGACCAGAGGCGCAGCUACCGAUGUUCAUCCUCCAGUGUUCUUGGCAGCCAUCCACAACUUCUGCAGCACCAUCAUGGGCAUGAACCAUGACCUCAUACCAGACGCCACGAGAGCGGAGGAGUUGUCUGCCGCAGUGAGCGAUGGCUUGAUCACUGUACAGAAGAUGAUACUGCGGCCAUGGAUGCAGAACAAAUUUCUGCUGCGGCUGACGUCCAAAGGACGUGGUGUGUUAAAGUUCGUGAAAAUACUGGAGAAUUGGGCCAUGCACUGCAUCGCCAAAAGGUCGGCAGCCACAGAGGACGCACCUACCAAGACACGGCAGCGCCUGCUGGAAGCUCUGGUCAAGCCAGGCGGGCAGACUGCGAUACCACUCGACGAGGUUCAGGGAGAGGUUAUGAAUCUGCUAAUAGGCGGCACAGAGACAGUGUCCGUGACCGUCAGCUAUGUACUGACACUGUUGGCCCUCCACCCUGAGUGGCAGGAUGCAGCCCACCAGGAGCUGAAGGACGUCUUCGGCGAGGGUGACGACUACCUGCGGGCCCCCAGCCUUGCUGACCUAGGCAGACUCAGGGUGCUGGAGAGCAUCAUCAAGGAGACACUGCGGCUGUUUCCAAUGGUCCCGAUACUCCCUCGGGUGGCCACAGAGGAAGUCUGGCUGUCUGGAGGGUCUCCAGGGAGUGUGUUGGUUCCUAAAGGUGCACUGCUUUUCGUGAUGCCCUUACUCACACACCGCCUGCCACAGUUCUUCCCAGACCCACAGCGGUUCGACCCAUCACGCUUCUUGGAGGACCGUGUCCGCAAGGAACAUGUGUGCAGCUACCUGCCAUUUGGAUUGGGCGCUCGCAACUGUGUGGGCUCUCAGUACGGCCGCCUGCAGCUCAAAGUCUACCUGGCAGACAUACUGAGGCGCUUCCGCUUCCUGCCAUGUAGCCGACUGGAGGAUCUGGAGAACUGCGCGCUCUCCUUGAGCCUAAACCCCAUCAAACCAAUCAGAGUGUCGUGCAUGCCUCUGGGUGGCCCUAGCACAUAGGACCACUCUCAGCAUUGCUGAUUAUCGUAUUGGCCAAAGUCUGAGACGGUUUUCAUCCCUGGCACAAAACUCCUGAGAAUGACAACACUCACUCUGUCAGUGAACACCCUGUCUCCUUCAAGUUUCUGUAUGGUUCCAGCACAUUUGGCCACCCUGAAAAUUAAGAUUAACCAGGCCAUUAUCCUGAGACACUUCACCUUCCUGCUGCACAGCCACUGGCAUGAGUCAGAGGACAAUGUGCUCUCCGUCAGGCUACAGACCAUUAAGUCUAGAAAGCUUAAUGGUCUGUAGCUUCAUUGAUAUUUUCCAUGGUAUAGUACAUCUGUCUACAAAUGCAUCUGAAACUCCUAAAUCUGCAUGCCCGCCUACAACUAUCACCAUAGUCAUUCACCUCGAAAGACUGAACUUAUACUAACAUUAAAAUCAAAACGGUACACUAAAUAAAUUUGGGACCUCUAAUAAGAGUAUUGUUUUUUGUGCGUUCCAGUAACUUUAGUCGUAACUACUUGUAAGAUCGUGUAUACAGUGAAGUAUGGUCGACGACUUGUCUGUUGCUUUUACAAAGGUCUGCUAACUUGAGAACAUUUUUAUUUUUCUGUUUUUGUAAGUUCAAAUUUUGGAGGUUGCAGAGGUAGUUGCUGGCAGCCAGUAAACUUUUGUUCU